AUGGACCAAGGACAAGUAUCUGCACUAGGAUUUGACCCAAACUUCGUCUUUCCAGUCCGCAAUCUCGAGACUGCCCGAGUAAAACUCACACCAUUCAAUCCUGAACUGCAUGCAAAAGAAUUCUUCGAACAAGUGAAGCCGCAUCCCGAGCUGUUCAGGUUCUACUUUAACGUUAGCCCUCCAACAUCGGUCGAGGACUUCGUCGACAACUUCUUCGAGAGCAAGAUGCAUAAAGUAGAGACGAAUGCUACGUUCGCAGUAUUUGAUAAAACAGGUAAAUCCUCCCGAGAAUCUCCUCGGCUCGCAGGAAUGAUAUCUUUAAUAUACACUAACACGACCCACCAAUUCUGUGAAAUCGGCUACGUUAUGACUUUCCCAAAGUUCCAGCGAACGUACGUCACAUCCAAUGCGGUGGGGCUACUCCUACAUUACUGUCUCGAGCUCCCUGCGCACCUCGCCAAGGGUGAACAGAAAUAUGGUCCAGGACUCGGGCUGCGUCGUGUGCAAUGGCAGGCCGAUUCCCAGAAUUCACCGUCCAUCCGAUGUGCAAAGCGCAUCGGCUUCAAGUGGGAGGGCAUAAUCCGCUGGACUCUCAUCCUCUUGGAAGGGAAGGGUGGUUCUCCUCCUUCUGCAGAGCGUGCAGGUCUGCACCCUGGAGACGGUCGCCAUAAUGCUAUCCUUUCGAUGUGUUGGGAUGAUUGGGAGCUUGAAGGAGGGCGCGAGCACGUACAGAAGGAAAUGAAUCGUUUGUAG